AUGAUUUAUGUCAUAAAUAUUUCUGCAUAUGUGUAUGAUGAAAAACAGGAGGUCUUUCAGAGGGAAGCAGAGGGAUUUGAGAACCUAGCACGUGCUAGAGGGGAAGGGACCUCUUCUAGUUCAGGAAACAAGCAACCUAAUUCCUCUAGAAUUAGUGAUUCCGGUCUCAAUGGAAUACCUUCCACAGAUAAUACUGCAAACAAUGAGGAUGAUUCCUUUGACAUGUUUGCUGAAGAUGAUGACAAAUCUACUGUUGAUCCAUCAGCUGGCAUUGGAUCUACAGAAAACGAUUAUGUAUUUGAUGAAUCCUCAGGGUGUUCUUGUAACCAAGAAACUGGUGCCUAUGAGGAGUUGCCAUCAUGGGAAGGCAAUGUAAAUGGAAUUGCAACAUAG